ACUCUAAAUAGCGGAUAGCCGGAUAGCGGCUCACAUCGCGCUGGUUGUGCUUAGUAGACAGACGCGCAUCGUGCAUCGUAGUGGCUAGAGGUUACGUGGUUCGUGUUCUAAUCCGGCGUCCAAAGCUUUCAAGUUUUGCCCUCGGCGGGCUUUUGAUUUUCGGUUUUGAACCGGUCGAACUCUAGUCCGAGUGUUUUGAUUAGAGAUUUUGUAGUGGUGUUUAUAACAAGGAUAUUGUGUUGCUGUCUUACAUCAUUUUUGUGCCCAUGAACAUGUAAAAGUUUGGAAUAUCUUUUAUUUUUCAAAAGCGGUAUGUGGUUAAUUAUGGUAUCAGUAGCGUGGUUAGCAGGAGUAACAUCAGGAAUUCCAUGUGAAGAAGCUCGAUUAAAAUGCGCAUACAGAGUUGGCUGCGGAAUGGCUCUUCAGCACUAUUUGGUUGGAUGUUCGGCCGUUCUACAAGGUGACACUUUUCCCGAGUACUGCCCCGAAGUGUGCCAGUACACACUUACUGCUCUUACCUCUACCGAAGAAGGGAUGGCUUUAAUGAAUUGCGAAUGCAGUGACGAUUACUGCAGAGACCAAAAAGUACGAACGGACAUCUGUAAACCCAAGGUGAUGCACUCGAUGUCUUCAGACGUGGUACCAUGUCGAGUGGCGCAGUGGAUCUGCAUGGCAGAUGCACUUUGCGCCAAAGCCCUGGAAUACUACAACGAGUUUUGUAAGGCCAUGUUCCACGGGAAGAAGUGCACGCUCAGAUGUAAUAACUCGAUCAAUAUACUACGAAGGCAGGAGAAAGCAACCAAACUGAAAACCUGCAAAUGUGAUGGUUAUGAAGAUUAUGACUGUCACGGUAUACAAAGAAACAUGGACAAACUAUGCUUCCACAAACAUUCCAGGCACCACAACAGAACUCACACGGAGUGGCCUCACAACACUACCCACCGUGAGUUCAAAGAAGACGAAGAAAUUCCCACAGUGAUUCUUGCCAGCAGUUCUCUCAAACUUACCAUAAGCUGGGCGGUUAUGUUUUCCAUAGUAUUAGCUCUAGUGACGUGAAGAAUGGCGUCUUUUUCAAAUCGAAUCGUAGUUAUCUGUUCAAUCUACCUCUUUAGAUAGUAAAAAGUAUUUAUUUGUUUGAAAAGUUGUGAUACUAAAGCUAUAUGAAAGAUAAAUAAGAGAAAAGCCAAUUUUAAACUUGCCUUUUAAAAAGAGUUCGUUGUGAAUAAAGCGAUAGUUUUAGUUGACGCAACGCGACCAAGAAGUACAUAAUCAUUACCAAAGGAAUGGAUUUAUUCGGAUGUUAAAGUUCCUAUGCGUCAGCAGUCAAUAAGUAAGAUUUGUCAAUACGGUUAAAACAAAUAAAAAAUUAGUCACUUUCUUUAGUGCUGCUCUACUUGGAUUCUCCUUUCAGUAAAUACACAAAACCUCUAGCGUAAGAUAGACAUUUUCGUCUUUCGAGUCGGAUGAAUAUCAAAUAAGGCGCCUUGGUAUGUACAUGCAACAAUGCUCUUUUAUCUGUAUACUGGCCACAUAAUAAAUCUCAAGCUAUUGGAAAAUUAUCGUUUGUGACCUGCAUAUUUGUAAUAAUCUUGGACGCUUCGCCCUGUAAAGCUCUCUUUAAAUAAUGAAAUCUUUAUUAUUUUUAUCAAACUAUCAAAUGAAUCUCUAAAUUGUAGCCAUCCACCUGAUUCACCUAAAAAUGUUGGCAAAUUGAUGGCAGGCAACUUUACUUCUGAAGCAUUAAUGAAUUUUCUGAAUUUGCCACGGUAUUAUCUGUAUCAUUUUCCUCUACAAGAGCUUUCGCUUAUGAAAUUUUGGAAUAGAAAUCAUUUUUGAAUAUUUCGCGUGUUUUAUAUUGAUUGUGAAAGUCCUCUUUCUCUACCAAGCAGUUAAUGUCUACCUGUACCACUGAAAAUUCCGCUGGAAAAUUCUAUAUUUUUUGUUUAUCGUGUUUAACCGACUUAAAACAGAUCUUACUAAAUAAUCCUGCCAACCUCAAGAAAUGUAUUAUGUACCCUGUACAUAUAAAAAAUAAUUAUAUAAAUACUAGAAUACUUGUAAUUAUGAAAGACGAUAUUUACCAGUGAAUAUUAUAUUUAUAAACCAAAAAGCCUGAAGUUAGAAAGACAUAACCAAAGAAGGCUUGCAGCUGUAUGUAGCUUUAAAUUAUUUCAAAACGGUGGCUUUAUACAUGUCAGCACUUCUUGAUUGUAAAAUUUGUGUAUAUAUUUUUAAUAAUAGUAUCCGUUACCAUGUUUAAAUUAUACCUAUCACUUGUAAUGCGAUUACAGUUCCAUUUCGACCGGAAUAGGGAUAGACGUGAGCUAGGCACAGACCGGAGAAGGGAUGCAGAAUUCAUUUAGGGCUUAAAUUAGAAAGUUGCCACGGUCCUUACAAAUAUUGACUGCUUUCUUUUGAAAUGUUGUUUACAUGAAUCAUUGUUUAUGAGUUGCAUGUAAUUAAAUAAAACAAUUUAAAUUUGAAAUGGAUAUUUAACAAUGUUCGGUUACUAUUAUAAACUCUUUAUAGUAUAGAACUAAUCUAAACAAGAUAUUUUUCUUUUUUUUUCUUCUUCUUGCACAACUCGCUUCCAUCUCAAACGGUCGUCCAUGAUAGUUGGGUCAGUGGGUAGCCCCAUUGUUUUUAAAUCUGACUAUAUAUUGUCUCUCGAUCGCAUUCGUGCUAGUCCUAAGGGCUUUUUUCCUGUGGGGGCUUCCUCCCAGAUCAGUUUAGUAGGGCGGUUAUUAGGGAGUCUGUGGACAUGACCAGCCCAUCUAAGACGUUGAGGUUUACUUGCUUGGACUACAUCUAAUUUUUCUUUCAAUUCGCCUGAAUUCGCCUUUAAUCCCUUCCGUGAUAUAGUUAUCUGCAGUGAUUGUUGCUCCGAGAUGUUUAAAAUUCUCCUCUCUUUCACAGUAUUUUUACUAGUUUGCAAUUCCCGUCUUCUUUGAAUAUUCUUAAAAUAUUUAUAUCGUAAAAUGUUUUCUUAAUGGUCAAGUAAUAUAAAAAUGUUUUUCUAUAACUGACAUGAAAUGUUAUAAUUUGCCACCUCUUGUUAGUUGUCGAAACGUCACAUUGUACCCCACGGGGUAAAAUCUAUUUUUAUCUUGCUCUCAGACGUCAAAAAUGUAUCAUAGUUGAUCAAUCCUAUGUGUUAUUCAUUGAAAGGAAAUUACAAUAAUUGAAUGUACACUUAACAAAUUUCUUAUACGUAAUCCGUUUGUUUCGUACUUUCCGUCAUCACUGUCCAUUUUGCUCAGAUUUUGCUAAAAUUUUGCCAUACUUUGACACAAUUUUGAAAUAUACGCUAAAAUAAAAAUUAAAACAAUUAGAAAAUUCAAAAUUACUGUUAUUAAAAAUUAUUAAAAAUUGAGAUUUUACACAAAAUUUGUCAACGUCGUGUAUCGUUACUAUAGUAAAACUAUCCACAUAAACAGCUAAGCUGUUGUCGAUCAACUGGGCAUUCUCUGCACGAAAUUUGCUAAUGCGCACAGUAUGUUCACGCCUAUUCCUAUUCUGAUUUACCUGUACUGUUUUUUCCCUUCAAGACUAUUGACUAAACUGUAAAGUUGAUGGGUAGUCUUCCACUGCUUGGAUCGUGUUGUUUAUUAUUAAAACAUUAAAAAGUAUUAAUUAGCAGUCAUAUUUUUACAGAAUCACCCAAAAACAACCCACCUGGAAUGCUAUUUCUUAGUUAAUAUUACAUGGGCUGCGAAAGAUAUAACAAUAAAUCAAUAAGAAGUAAAUAUUCCUCGCAUGUUUAACUAGAAAACAAAAGAACUGAGUUUGUAGCAUUUUUAACUUAAUAUAAUAGACAUGUUAGAGAGUAAUUUUGAUAUACAAUGAGUCUAGUUUUCGAUUAGAUAUAGGCCACUGAAGGAAGCGCUAAAAUCGGCAACAUUGUAUACCACUAUCGUUCUUUAAUCGCCGAAUGACGGCGGAGAACGGAGUGACGGAGUUAAAAUUGCGUGCAGUGUUGCAAUUUAUAGAUCAUAUAUCUAAUUUAAAACUAAACAUACUGUAUGUACUUAUUUACCUAUAUCUCCAGAACUAAUAAUACGAAAAUACUGCACAAAUUGAAAUACCAAGACUGAGGUUUUAUGAAUCUGUUUUGUAUAUUACUAAAUGUCCUUUUCGCUAUAUUUGAUUUACGAAUAUAAUUGAAAGAAAACGACAUUUACUAUAACAGUAUAUUCUAGUAUAAAGUACUUAAAUUUUUCUCUCUGUCACAGUUAAAUAGAAUAUUAUCUUAUAUUUGCUUUAAUUCACUGUUUAGUUUCAUACUAUAGUAGUACCAGGUAUCUAAGAGACUCAUUAAUAUUCAGCUCAGUGGCGUGCUAUUGCUCGAGGUGUGGAAUCCCAUAAACAAGGGAAUCUACCUGUUUUAUGAAAUGAUUUUCACACCCCGACUAAUAGCACCCCACUGGGUUGAAUAUUAAUGAAUCUCUUAGAUUACUAUAUAUUCACGACAUGCCAGAUUGAAAUAUUUACGUACUUACUGCAUUUUAAAAUCCUACUUAACGUGACUGUAAAAUUGUUGUAAUAAAUGUAUAGAAUUUAUUUACAGAGAUAUAUUGUUUUCAUUGAGUAAAAAGUGGUUGAGUUAGUAUAGUUUGUAAAUUAUACAAAUAAAGAAAAUUUGUUACUGAAA